AUGAUUAGAUUAUUACGAUUAAAUAGAUUUCCAAUUUUAAAACAACUUCAAAUUGAAGAAGCUUUAUAUAGAACACCAAAUUCAGGUAAUUGGAUAAUUAUAAAUAAUGGUACACCAGAACCAAUAGUAAUUGUUGGAGCCACAGGCAAAGCUGAUAAAUUGGUGAAUUUAGAUGAAGUCGAAUCUAGAGGUAUUCAAACAAUGAAACGUUUUUCUGGUGGUGGUACAGUAGUUGCUGAUGAAAACACAUUAUUUACUUCAAUUUUAUUCGAAUUUGAAACAUUAAAACAAUUAUUUCCAACCAUGUCAUCAACAACAACAACAACAACAACAGAAACUACCACCACAAGUAUUAAUGUUGGUAAUAUUUAUCCAAAAGAUAUAAUGAAUUGGUCAGCAAAUUCAUUUUAUAAACAUGUUUUUCAAGAACAAUUAGAUUUUAGAUUACAAGAGAACGAUUAUGCAUUUGGUAAACAAAAAUUUGGAGGUAAUGCACAAUCAUUUUCAAAACAUAAAUUUUUACAUCAUACCUCAUUUCUAUAUGAUUUUAAAGAUGAUCAUAUGAUGGCUUGUUUGAAACAGCCUGAUAAAAUACCUGAAUAUCGUCAAAAUAGAGACCACCUUUCAUUCCUCUGUAAAUUAAAAGAUAGAUAUCAAUCCAAAGAUCAUAUAAUUAAUAACCUUUUAAAAACUAUAAAUAAUUUACCAACAUCACCAUCAAUAAAGGAAGUAACUUUAGAAGAAGCUGAACAAUUCUUAUUAAAUCCUCACCCAAAAUCAAAUCAACUUUUUGAUUAUAAUUUAAAAAAUUGGAAAGAUAUUAUUAAUGAAUAUAAUCCAAUCAAAAAUUAA